UUGCGCAUGCGUAGUAUAUGUAGUGAUGGAGCGCUGACCAGGGGGCGCGGCAGCGGAGGCGGAGAGGGCACGGAGGACUAAUUGGCUGCUGUCUGCGUCCAAGGAGGUUUAAGGGUUUGGAGAAACAGCUGAGAGGGACCCGCAGCAGGGCCAGGGCGAUCGAGGGCAACAACUAUGGAGGACCAGAGGGAGGCGCUAAGAAAAAUCGUCACUACCCUGGCCAUGAAGAAUGAGGAGACACAGACCUUCAUCUACUCCCUGAAGCAGAUGCUGUUGAAUGUAGAGGCAAACUCAGCCAAAGUCCAGGAGGAUCUGGAAGCGGAGUUCCAGUCCCUCACGUCGGUUCUGGAGGAGCUGAGAGAAUCCAUGCUGAUGAAGAUCAAACAGGAGAGGGCCAGCCGCACAUAUGAGCUGCAGAAUCAGCUAACUGCCUGUACACGGGCCCUGGAGAGCUCUGAGGAGCUCCUGGAAACAGCCAACCAAACCCUGCAGGCUGCAGACAGAGAGGACUUCCCUCAGGCCGCCAAGCAAAUCAAAGAUGGGUAAGAUGUGGAGGUCAGGUCCCCACCCCAGAGUCCUGCCUCAGUGUGAAGGUGGGACACCCACUGGGGGAGGCCAGGUUCCUGAGCACUGCACAGAAACGCAUGGCCCCAGAUGUCCCAGCCUGACCACUCUGCCACCAAGUCACCAUUGGUUUGCUUCUACCUAUCUCCCUGCAGCGUGACCAUGGCCCCCGCCUUCCGACUAUCACUCAAAGCCAAGGUCAGUGACAAUAUGAGUCACCUCAUGGUGGACUUCACACAGGAAAGGCAGAUGCUACAGGCCCUCAAGUUCCUGCCUG